GCUCAGACUAAGCCGCCAUUUGGCCGCCAUUUUGAUGUACUUCAUUCGUUGGCUUCUUGCGUGUCCGCAGUUGUUUGUCGUGAAAUUAUUUUCGUUGAAAUAUUACGUGUUCUGAAAUAUUAUUAGAAGCAUUCCUAAAAUAACAUCCGGCGAUGUCGGACCGAAAGCGUUUACUCACUGAUCUCAGAGUGAUUGACUUACGUGCGGAACUUGAAAAACGUAACCUCGAUAAAAGUGGAGUUCGCGGUGUGCUCAUACAACGCUUAUCAAAGUACCUGGAGGAAGAGGGACAUGACCCUACCACAUUUAGAUUUGAUUUGACUGGUUCGGAACCUAAAAGCACGCCAACCAAAAGAACCCGGCGUUCGGAGAGUGCAGUCGAACCAGAAACUGAAGAAACGCCAGCAAUGGAGGACAUGAUCGUGCAGGAUGACGCCGGUGAAGAAGAAGACGUGGAGAGCGGAAACGACGCCUUACAAAAUGUGGAGUCCGAGGAUGCGGCCGCCGGCGGCGAAGACUCCAUGGAUGUCGAUGCUAACGACAAGAUCAACAGAAAACGGGACAUACAGGAUGAUGAUUCCACGGAAGCAACAGAGCCCAAAAAGCCGUGCUUAGAUAAAGAGGAUGACCAUAAAAAUGAAAACAAUACGGAUGCUGAUGACAGCAUCAAUUUAGACAUUGGAGAUGAUGAAUUACUCAAUGAGGAGACUGACAGCACUUCAAAACUUAAUAAAAAAGAUGACGCCGGCAAUGACGACGCAGCGGAGACAGCGGACGACGACUCGCAACCCGACAACAGUGCAGCUGCGACAGACGCCGAGCCUGUUGACGAUCAAGUAAACGCCGAAGCUCCCGCCACUAGCACUGAUGGGGACAAUGCAGAAAAAGAUCCAAAAGAUGAUAGACACAAAUCAGCUGGGGACAAGAAUAAUAAAAAGGAUGAUGGUAAAGAGGGCGGCGCCCGAAAUCUGUGGGUCAGUGGAUUGUCAGGCGAUACCCGCGCUAAAGACCUCAAGCAACUUUGCAGCAAACACGGCAAGGUGAUUGGCGCCAAAAUUGUUACUAAUGCAAGGACACCCGGAUCCCGCUGUUAUGGAUACGUGACAAUGGCGAGUGCCCAAGACGCCGAGAACUGUAUCAAAAAUCUGCAUCGAACUGAAUUGCAUGGAAGAAUGAUCUCCGUGGAGAAAGCUAAGUCGGAGUCAGAAUCAGCGUCGCGACGCCAACCGCAACGUCCGGAGCGACACACGAGCAAGGAGCGCAAAGAAGAAGGAAAGGAAAAUGAACAGGCUGAAGAAAAUGAUAAAGCAAAGGAUGAUGAAGACGACAGUACCAGAUCGACGUCGCGCUCACGAGAAAAGUCUCAUCGCUCUGAUAAGGAUCGUGGUCGGCGUAGUACCAGAAGUCGCGAACCCAAAAGAUCACCUAAAGAAGUAUUGUCUUUCUCUAAAAUUUGGAAAGAGCGAGAUGUAGCACGGCAAAGAGAGCGGUCCCGUGCGGCCCGCGAGGAGGAGCGCCGGCGCAGAGCCGCGGAGGACGCGCUUCGCGAGCGCGAGCGUCGCCAGAGGCAGGAGAAACAACGCCUCGCGCUCGAACGAGAGAAACUACGCGCCGAGAGAGAGAAAAUUGAACGUGAGAAGAAUGAAUUACUGCGAUUGGAGCGAGAGAGACACAGACUCGAACGCGAAAAAUUGGAGUUGGAGCGACUAGAGCUGAAAAGAGCGCAGUUGAGGUUAGAGGAGGAACGCAGGAAGCGUGGGUACGAAAACAACACGACGUACCGCAAGGCGGCCGGUAGCCCGCCGCCGGAGCCCGCGUACGAACGCGAGCGACACAAGCGCGCCCCGCCGCCGCCCAUGGUCAGUGCUAAUCACUACCAGUACAAGCCCACUUUGAAUACCACACACUCAAAGUCGUCGAGUCGCGGACAGUUCGAGGCGCCACCACCGCCUCGGUUCGAGAUGUCGUCGAGCUACGACCGCGGCGCCGACAAGCGCGAACGCGACCGAGACUACAAGCGUGACUACCCAAGACAUGUCUCCUCGGGUAACAUCAAGUACCCAAGCAAUGGCAACUGCAAUGAUGAUGCAAGACAACCACUGCCUCCUGGAACGAGGCCGAAGGAACCAAGCCGUUCGUACGAGUCACGCGACAACCGCUCGUACCGGCCGUCACCCCCCGGCAAGCCCGAGCCUCGCAGCUGGAACGCGUCAAGCCGGUAUCCAGAUUCAACUGCAGCUUCUAAAGGAGGCGGUGGAGGCAGCAGUGAGGCGUGGUCGAACAGUGAGACUCGGUACGGCAGCACGGCGUACGAGACGCGCUACCCCCCCGCCUACCAGCCGCCGCCGCCCGGCGCCACCUACCCUGACCGUUACCCACCCGCGAGGGACUACCGCAAAUACUGACUUUCAGCACCACGGUGGAGAAUUAUUCCAAGACACCGUGCCAAAUCUUGACGAUUUUGGACCUUAAUUUUAAGUUACUAAAAAAGUUAGGCAGUCAAGUAUAACAAAUGUAGUCAAAAUUAUAUUAUUUAUACUACACCUACUCGGAAAGUGCCUUCUUCCUAUUUUAAAAGGGACAGGAAAUGCGGAGUGUAUUAUGGCUAAGUAGUUAAAUGUCAUAUGGGGCAAAACUACAAUCACGUCAGAAAAAUGUGUAUUAGUGAUGGAACAACUUGAUUUUUUUUUGCAUUCUUGAGUACAAAUAUCAGACGCCUAUAUUCACGAGUUAUUUGUAUCAACAUAUCAGUGCCACCUAUUAUGACAACUAUUAAUAAUAAAAUAUUUAAAACAGUGCACCAUAAGCACGCAUUGCACAACAUUAAUUUAAAAAAUGACCAUCCCGUGUGGUUAUGAAUUGACGAUAUGAAAGUAUACAGGAUACAAAAAUGUUAGCUAUUUUCCUUGUAGGUGUAGUAUAAAGCACUAUGUAUCACUCGGGAUAAAGAACGAUUCCCAACUCGGGUGUCUUGCCCUGCACUGCCCGUGGCUAACACCCUCGUUGGUAAUGGGUCACUUUCUUCCCUCGGUGAACAAUGUACUAUUUUGGGGGCGUCUAACCAAAAAGACGUAAUUCAAAUAUUGCAAUAAAUUAAGUCCUAGAAGAAAGAAAGAAAUUGCUAAGAAUACAGGGUGUUGGUGACACCGUAACAAAUACUGAGGGGGAUGAUUCAGACCAUGAUUCUGAGUUAAUAUAAAGUAGAAUUUUCCGACGCAAAAGUAUGGAACUGAAAGUGAUUAAAAAGAAACAUUAAUUUUGCGACGGAAUAUUCCACUUGAACUCAGAAUCAUGGCCUGAAUCACCCCCCUUCAGUAUUCUUUACGGUGUCACUAACACCCUGUAUUAAAAGCUUACAUUGUUAUAGCUUACCUCUUGUAAGUGACCAAUAUAUGCUUUGAAUUUUGUUUUCGCAUGUUUACUCUCAAUUAAAUAGAGCUAUAAUCAUUCCUUGUUCACAAAAUGUUUAAUAUGGAUAAUGAUACGAAAUGAUGUUUUAUCGGACUUUUUAGUGAUUGUACUGUAGGUACUGAUUUGUGUUGUUUUUUUAAAUAGGUAUGAAUUACAUAAUCCGUAUUUCUUAUCUCUCCAUCUAAGUUAAUGACAUUUUAAACAUGGGCAUCAAGUAAUAAAUAUUGUUUCAUAGAAUAUAA